UCACAGAGUACAUGGAGGACUUGGAGUCUUGAUCGUCGGACUGAACAUCACGACUUUGUCCGAAAGAGGGAGUCGAGCUUCUUAUAUGGGGACGCCUGAACCUCGUAGCCAGUACACGACCACGUCUACCUUAUCGGGUGGAGAUACUGGGCUCACACAGCAACUCUUUUACUCUCCUAGUUCCUGAGCAGACCUAUGUCUGUAAGCUGCCUGAACAGACGACCAGUUUCGGACGUCCCGUCAGUCAUUGUUCCUCUUCAAUCACUGAAAACGAUCCGUAUACCAGAGUGUGUUUUCAUGAUUUCCAGGAAGCGUUUCGUUGGGCUCUUGGAUUAACUCGCUGACAUAUAUUUUUUAAAUAGGCCUACUUUUUGUUCCGCUGAGGUCUUUUUUUUUUUCUGUCAGUAACAAUGUUGUGGAAGCUGGCAGACAACGUGAAAUAUGAGGAUGACUGCGAGGAAAGACACGAUGGCAGCAGCAACGGCAACCCGAGGCUGCCCCACCUGCCAGCCGUCAGUCAGCACCUGUACAGCCCGUCCCCCUCACUCUCACACUCGGCUGGCUCAGACUUUCAGCCCCCGUAUUUCCCACCGCCCUACCAGCCCAUCUCAUACCCACAAUCCAGCGACCCUUAUUCUCACAUCGACCCGUUCAACAUCAACUCCAUACACCAGUCCCAGUCGUCGAACCAGCAGCAGUCGUGGCCCGGUCGUCAGAGUCAGGAGGGCCUGGGAGCGCAUCCCCGGAGCGGUCUGGCCAGUCAGAUACUGGGCCUGGAAGGCGGUUCCUCGGGGAUCAGGAGAGAAGGUUUCCGACGGCCGGAGUUGCUGCCUGCACACGUACACAACCUGGAUUCUUCGGUGAUUGGCGAUAACAUGGGGAUGCACGAAAUGGGCCAUGGGCUAGAUGAUGUCCAGCAUGUAGAUGACCACAGUAUUAUAAUGGCAGACCAGACAGUAAUUAAAAAAGUAUUAGGCUUGCGAGGGGGCAGGAACCUCGAUCGCUUACAGAGGACAUAUUAUCAGGGGGGCAUUCUCGCGGGUCCCGUUGCUCUGCCCAAAGGCAACGCGCUGGGCCUGCCCUUCCAGAAGGACACCCUGCUGGGCAUGGUGUCCAACCCCACCGAGGUGUUCUGCUCCGUGCCCGGCCGCCUCUCCCUGCUCAGCUCCACCUCCAAGUACAAGGUGACCGUGGCCGAGGUGCAGCGCCGCCUCUCGCCCCCAGAGUGCCUCAACGCCUCGCUGCUCGGGGGAGUCCUGCGCAGGGCCAAGUCAAAGAACGGAGGGCGUUCUCUGAGGGAGAAGCUGGACAAGAUUGGCCUCAACCUGCCAGCCGGCCGGAGGAAAGCAGCCAACGUGACCCUGCUCACCGCGCUAGUCGAAGGUGAAGCUGUUCAUCUCGCAAGAGACUUUGGAUACGUGUGUGAGACGGAGUUCCCGGCAAAGGCCAUAGCUGAUUAUCUGGGCAGACCUCAUGUGGAGCGUAACGAAGUCAACUCUCGCAAAAACAUGCUCCUCGCAGCCAAGCAGAUCUGCAAGGAGUUCACCGACCUGCUGACCCAAGACCGCUCACCCCUCGGCAACUCUCGGCCGGCCCCUAUCCUGGAGCCGGGCAUCCAGGGCUGCCUGACCCACUUCAGCCUCAUCACCCAUGGCUUCGGCUCGCCCGCCAUCUGCGCCGCCAUGACCUCGCUGCAGAACUACCUGAACGAGGCCCUGAAGCAGGUGGACAAGAUGUACCUGAGCUCCGGCAGCGACACCCAGGGAUCCUCCGACAGCGGCGGCAAAUCCACCGACAAAAUGGAGAAGCACAGGAAAUGAGAGAACCUCCAGGCAAAGAGAAUCUCCCUCUCUCUCCCUCUCUCUCCCUCUCUCUCUUUCUCUCUGUCUCUCGCUGUCUUGCCCCCAGAAAAAAAGAAAUAAGAGGAGAUUAAAUCGACUCUUACCUAAUACUUUCUUGGUCCCUGCCCUGUCUGGACGAUUGAAAACAAAAAAAUAACAUGUUCCCCGUAUAGUAUUGUUUUUGGGUUGGUCCUUUUUUUGUGGUUUUAUGAAAACUGCUUUUUUACUUUUGAUGUAUUGGAGUAUUGGAGUGUCAUCCUUUUGAGUUCACGCUGUGUUCAAACCGAGUCAUUUUAGUGAGGCGACUGGUGCUGAACGGUUCGCGGACUUCCUGCUUCCUGUUUAGAGUUUAAACCAACCCAAACCACCAUAAAAAGAAAAACUAAAAAGAUACACAGACUUUACACAUCCAAGGAAAGAGGAAAACAGUGGCUGUGCGGCCGGGACACUGACGCCACAGACCUAAGAACGGGGUUAUGCUGACCAAAGGAGGGAGAAAAAAGAGAGAGAGAGAGAGAGAGAGAGAGAGAGAAUGCAGACUUUGUCGUUGUCUUUCUUCUCCCUAGAGGAAACCAUUUCUUUUGAGGAGUCACCAUGUCGGCCAUGUCUGUGAAUUCCUCUAUGCAUCCCCCCAGUCUCCCCCUUCUCCCCCCCGUCUCCCACCACUGCUCACCCUGUCUGGAGGCAAAUCCACUGAUUUCCUGUGUGUCUUCCGCAGUGGUCGGAUCCCACUGGAUUUUCAAAAAAGACUCCUUUUAUAUGGGAAAAAACCAGAGAUGAAAAUCUGAUUAGUUUUUGCUCUUUUUUUUUUCCUUAAAAAAAUACAAAGACUCUGAAACGGGUCCAGUGUUAUUGUGAGUCGUCAUUGGGAGUCCGCUCGGAUAUCGCUUUUGUAGGCUUUAAUAAAAGUUAUGGAGUUAAUGACAUGUUCGUCUGCCUCUUACUGUCGGUCAUGGUAUGAAUUAAGGAGCAAAGAAUGUGAGCCCUUUCAGUGUUUAUUUGAUUUCUAAAGCAUAGCAAUACUUUUAUUUUUACUUAAUCAUGAAACCACUUUGUAAGACUGCAUAGACGUUGGGUGUGCUACCAUGUUAGGUAUCCCUUAGUACUGAACACUUCCAUGUUGUAUAUCCAACAACCACAAGCCAAUUCAAUCCUUCCAGCAUGUAUGUUGUGAGAAUGUUUGUGUAAAUGUAAAUAUUCCUUUCUUUUGGAAAAAAAAAGUGUUUUUAAUUCAAUAUUGAAAAACAAACAUAGGAUUUUAUCCAUUGUCUUUCCUGAAUGUAAAUACUUUCUAAUUUAUGUUGUAAUUUAAUGGGUUGUGUAAAUACUGGUUUCAUUUGGGUGUCUGGCUUCACUUUUUAUGAUGUGUUCAACUUUUAUAAAUGGGUUAGUUUUUUAUCACGUCAAGAUUAGAAAGUGGGUAUUAUAUGCUUUUUUGAAAAUGUGUAAGAAAAAAAACAUUUUAAAUAUAACAGGAAAAAAAACGAAUAAAAGACCCA